AUGUGCAACUUUAAACUUUUGAGAACUAACUAUGAAUGGGUGAUCAAAGAGAUAGCAAAGUACAUCAUUGACUACAAACUCCAUCACCCCUGGAACAAAAUAAAUAUUACAACAGAUGAGUCUACAGAAACCUUUUUUUUGACAGACAAAGAAACUCCAACCUUUUUCCCAAACACCUCUGCACUACUGGAAGAAUAUAGCCCUGAUUUUACUUACUUCAUUUAG